GAGCCGCGGACCGGAACGGACCGGAUUCUCUAACCAUGUCAAACACGUCCCCACGCGUUUAGUCGUUGACGGACCCCCACCCGCCGCCUCCUCCCCGAAGUGGUCAAUGCCAACGAGGCGAUGGGCCGGCGUGCACGGGUGAGCCAACGUGAGGACAGGGUCUUCGCGCACGGGAACCGCGUCCACCGACCGUACGCGCGUUCGAACGCGUUUUGAGGACGCGCCCGGAGACGUGUCCACGGACAGCAUGACAGAUCCACGUGGAGCCCGCUUGCCCAAAGAGAACGGACACGUCGCGCCGAGCCCCAACUUUCCCCACCCCUCGCCGGGGGACGUCGCCGACGACGCCCCGGUGUCCUCCGUCGGCGCGCUGACCCGCACCUGGGUGGACGUGGCCAAGACGUUUGUUCUCAUCUUCCCCAUUUACGCGCUGGGGUAUUUCGAGUUCAGCUUCAGCUGGCUGUUGAUCGCACUUGUGCUCUUUUUCUGGUGGAGGAGAAACGCCGCGGGGAAGCGCGGCCGACUCAGCCGAGCUUUCGCUUUCUUGGAGGAAGAGGAGAGAAGCGUCAAGCAGAGCGUCGCGACCUCUGACCUGCCGACAUGGGUCCACUUCCCGGACGUGGAGCGAGUGGAGUGGCUGAACAAGGCGGUGAAACAGAUGUGGCCGUACAUCUGCCAGCUCGCCGAGAAGCUGUUCCACGACACGAUCGAGCCGGCGGUGAAGCAGUCCAACGCCCACCUCAGCACCUUCUGCUUCAGCAAGAUCGACAUCGGCGACAAACCCCUGAGGGUCAACGGGGUCAAGGUUUACACAGAAAAUGUGGAUAAGCGACAGAUCAUCAUGGACCUACAGAUCAGCUUUGUAGGCAACACCGAGAUCGACAUAGACAUCAAACGCUACUACUGCAAAGCCGGCAUCAAGAGCAUCCAGAUCCACGGCGUGUUGAGGGUGGUGAUGGAGCCGUUGCUAGGCGACAUGCCGCUCAUCGGAGCUCUGUCUGUGUUCUUUCUCAAGAAGCCGCUUCUGGACAUAAACUGGACUGGCCUCACCAAUAUACUCGACAUUCCUGGGCUCAAUGGCUUCUCCGACAAUCUGAUUCAGGACAUUAUCCACAACUAUCUGGUUUUACCCAAUCGCAUCACCAUCCCACUGGUCGGGGACGUGGAACUGGCCAAGCUGCGCUUCCCCAUGCCCAAGGGAGUCCUGAGGAUCCACUUCCUGGAGGCUCAGGACCUGGAAGGCAAGGAUACAUUUCUGGGCGGGCUGAUCAAGGGCAAGUCCGACCCGUACGGCGUCCUGCAGAUCGGCAACCAGGUCUUCCAGAGCAAGGCGGUGAAGGAGAGCCUCCAUCCCAAGUGGAACGAAGUUUACGAGGCUCUGGUGUACGAGCACUCGGGUCAGCACCUUGAGAUAGAGCUCUUUGACGAAGACCCCGACAAAGAUGAUUUCCUGGGAAGCCUGAUGAUCGAUAUGAGCGAGCUGCACAAAGAACAGAAGGUUGAUGAGUGGUUUGAGCUGGAAGAAGCUCCCACCGGAAAACUCCACUUAAAACUGGAGUGGCUCUCUCUGCUCUCCACCCCGGAGAAGUUGGACCAGGUGCUGCGGAGUGUGCGAGCGGACAGGAGUCUGGCCAACGACGGGCUGUCGUCAGCUCUGCUCGUGGUCUACCUGGACUCAGCCAAGAACCUGCCCAGCGUCUUCACAGGCAGCUUAGGCUGUGGAAACUUAAGUCAGAGGAGAGCGUCGGGUCUAGUGUUUUGUGAGAGCAAUACCUCAGAGUACAGAACUCUCUUUUGUGCAAAGAAGAGCAGCAGCGAGCCCUGUCCGUACGUCCAACUGACCGUUGGACACAAAUCGGUUGAGAGCAAGAUCCGCUACAAGACCAAGGAGCCUCUGUGGGAAGACUGCUUCUCCUUCUUCAUCCACAAUCCCCGGAGGCAGGAGCUGGAGCUGGAGGUGAAAGACGACAAGCACAAGUGCACCCUGGGUAGCUUGUCGGUGCCGCUGCGCGGGCUGCUGGCCGAGGAGGCGAUGACGCUGACGCAGUGCUUCCCUCUGAAGAACUCCGGGCCGAGCUCCACCAUCAAACUCAAGAUGGCCCUGAGGAUCCUCUCCAUGGAGAAGCAGGUGCCCUCAGACCAGCCCUCCUGCGUCAGGGUCAGGAAGUCCAGCGUGCCGCAGCAGGCCCCCAAGCGGGGGUCGGCCUCGGACUCCCCGCGGCCUCCGCCCACGCCGCCGCCGCCGCCGAUGGCCGCCUCCACCCUCACCCUCCAACACCGGGACGGCGAGCCGUACUCGGCCAGCCCUCGCCGCAGUGUCUCCGACCUGAGCGCCAGCGUGUCCAGCUCCCAGAAGCACCUGCCCCACAAGGAGUCCACGCCCAGCCUGGCCUCGGACAUCUCGCUGCCCUUCGCCACCGCGGAGCUCCACCAGCGGCUUCGUCAGCUGCAGAACGGCUCGGCGCCCGGCCAGUUCCCGCUGGGCGAGGUCCAGCUGACCGUCCGCCACAGCUCCCAGAGGAACAGACUGAUCGUGGUGGCGCACGCCUGCCGUAACCUGAUAGCCUUCACCAAAGACGGCUCGGAUCCCUUCAUCCGCCUCUACCUGCUGCCCGACAAGAGCCGGACCGGGAGGAGGAAGACCAGCACCAUGAAGAGGACCCUCAACCCGGUGUACGAUCAAACGUUUGAGUUUAGCGUGUCGAUGGUGGAGCUCCACCGGAGAACGCUGGACGUGGCCGUGAAGAACGGAGGGAGCAUCCUGUCCAAACACAAGGGGCUUCUGGGAAAGGUGCUGGUGGAUUUAAGUGGGGACGACAUAGCACAAGGAAGCACACAAUGGUACGAGCUGAGUGAAGACGGCCCGUCGUCUCGGAGCAUCAGAAGUAUUCCGGACUCCCUCCUCACACAGUGAAGCCCCGUCUCUGCUGUAAACAUAGCUUUCUUUUUAAUAUGAGGACACAUCGUUUUUGAUGUAUUCGUGUACAUUUUUCAUCUGUUUUACAGGAUCGAUUUCAGCAUGCCAGGCGUUGUUUUUUUUAAUGUAAAAUAUUACAUGCUUCGUCUUUGUUUUAAGUGUUUUAUGUAAAAAUUUAGUUUUUUUGUGGCCACACAUUUCCUUUGUGGAAAGGAAACUUACCUACAAUCUGUUGACAUCGUUUUUCCUGUCCGUUCCUUUUGUUCAGAUGUGCCAAAUUUUGUUUUGUCAUUUCAGAAAACUUACCAAAGGAACAGCUACAAUCAUUUUAGCAGGCUCAAGUAGCAGUCUCCACUCUAAAAUACUUUUUUUCAUGCAGUGUUAUUUGAUUUUUUUUUUUUACCUCUUACUGUUAUUUAUGCUUGAUUACAAACACGGAAUGCACAUAUGCAAAAAUACAAAUGAUUAAUGUAAUUUUAAAGAUGAUUUUGUGCAAUAUUUGGACGUUAGUGAAGACCUGGGGGCAUUGUAGGGCUAUGAACAUGUGCUGUAUACUAGGAAGGAUACUUGAAUACGAGUUUGAUUGAUGUUCAAACCACUUGUGAGUCGAACAAAAUGAAUAAUAUGAGUGAGACAACAGUGAUUGCAUUUUAUGAGCAAGGCUGCCAGAUGUUGUUGUGACGACACAGCUGCAAUGUUGGCGUGUACAUGUUUUGUCAUGCUGUCAUAACUGUUGAAGGUUUUAAAUACUUUUCUUGCUAUCUAUCUUGUGCCUUAAAAAGAAAACGCUAUGUAAUUUUUGCCUUCUUAAUGGUAUUAUUUUGAACGAUAUGAUGCCUUGUUGGUUCUGGAGGAAUAAAUGUUUUCUCUUGUGAAAAUCGUCUUGUUUUUUUUCUCCUUUUUCAUUACAUUGGUCUCUCCGUUGAGCAAUAAAGACAUUACAUUUGAAAUUA